GAGUUUGACAGAAGUUUGAAUCGGACUCGGGGGUUUUCUGCAGCCGGCGGGGCAGAGCGGCGGACACAAGCCUCCGAGAGCGCAAGCAGCAGCGCCCCCACGACCCAGCCCGCCAGCCUGGAGCCCGGCCUGCCCACGGCCUCAAGUCCGCUGUCCCCAGCGCCCCCGCGCGCCCCGCAGCCUCCGGGCCAGGGAGCCGAACCCCCAUACUGCGCUCCGCCGCUCCAACAUGUCCUCGUCGGAGAGCCCCGGCCGCACCUCGGACAAGUCUCCGCGCCCGCAGGUGGAUCGCCUGCUCGUGGGGCUGCGCUGGCGGCGCCUGGAGGAGCCGCUGGGCUUCAUCAAAGUUCUCCAGUGGCUCUUUGCUAUUUUCGCCUUCGGGUCCUGCGGCUCUUACAGCGGGGAGACGGGAGCCAUGGUUCGCUGCAACAACGAAGCCAAGGACGUGAGCUCCAUCAUUGUUUUGUUCGGCUAUCCCUUCAGGUUGCACCGGGUCCAGUAUGAGAUGCCUCUCUGUGAUGAGGACUCCACCUCCAAAACAAUGCACCUCAUGGGAGACUUCUCUGCCCCCGCUGAGUUCUUUGUGACCCUCGGCAUCUUUUCCUUCUUCUAUACCAUGGCUGCCCUAGUCCUCUACCUGCGCUUCCACAAACUCUACACAGAGAACAAACGCUUCCCACUGGUGGAUUUCUGUGUGACUGUCUCCUUUACCUUCUUUUGGCUGGUUGCUGCAGCUGCCUGGGGCAAGGGCUUGACUGAUGUCAAAGGGGCCACUCGGCCAUCCAGCCUGACUGCAGCCAUGUCUGUGUGCCACGGAGAGGACGCAGUGUGCAGUGCCGGGGCCACGCCCUCAAUGGGGCUGGCUAACAUCUCUGUGCUCUUCGGCUUUAUCAACUUCUUCCUGUGGGCUGGAAACUGUUGGUUUGUGUUCAAAGAGACCCCGUGGCACGGACAGGGCCAGGACCAGGGCCAGGGCCCCAGCCAGGAAAGUGCAGCGGAGCAGGGAGCCGUGGAGAAGCAGUAAGAAGCCCUCACCUGGCUACUCCCGAACUGGACAGCACCUCUUCGUCUCCUCCUCCAACUCCCUUCGCCCCUCAUUCUGGACUUUGAGAUUUGAGACAAUGGAUGGGUUAGGCAUCACCUGUUGGUAACCUGGGCAGGCCUCCACUGGCUUCCUAUCCCUUCUCCUACCGGAGCAGCAGAUGGCAGGAUCUCAAUGCCUCUUGCCUGGGCUCGGGCAAGGGGAGGUCAGCUGGCAACUUUGCCCUGAUUCCUUUGUGGAGGGCCCAGCAGUGGUUUUGAGA